GCAGUCCAUGGGGAUGCGCAUCAGCGGUACCAGUCGCUGCUAGCUAGCUUGUCGCCUCGUUCGGUCCACUUUAGCUCUUACGCUUUCGUGACACUUGUAAACAAGUUAAUCGUUCAUUUUUUUCCACUGAACGGGAUUCAGUUGACGGAGGUGUGAGGGAAUAUGCCCAAGAAUAAAGGUAAGGGAGGAAAGAAUCGGCGGCGUGGAAAGAACGAAAAUGAGUCUGAGAAGAGAGAGCUGGUGUUCAAAGAGGAUGGACAGGAAUAUGCUCAGGUGAUUAAAAUGUUGGGGAACGGCCGUCUGGAGGCCAUGUGCUUUGACGGUGCCAAGCGGCUCUGCCAUAUCAGAGGAAAACUCCGGAAAAAGGUUUGGAUCAACUCGUCAGACAUCAUCCUGGUGGGCCUGAGAGAAUACCAGGACAACAAGGCCGACGUCAUUCUGAAGUACAAUGCAGACGAGGCUCGUAGCCUCAAAGCGUACGGCGAGCUGCCAGAGCACGCCAAAAUCAACGAGACAGAAAACUUCGGCCCCGGAGACGACGACGAUAUCCAGUUUGAUGACAUCGGCGAUGAUGAUGAGGACAUUGAUGAGAUUUAAAGACAUGCCACCAGGGGGCGACAGUGGCAUUUUACUAGAGAAGCUCCAAUUGGGAUUUUCUGAACCCAUACAGCACCGCUAACUAUUUUUUAUUAAGAUCAUCUUAUGCCGGGUCUGUACGGUGUGUUAAUUUUCAGUAGACAUUUCCAUCAGUAGACAUGUUUGGUGUUUCAGAGGGACGUUUGAGUGCUUUGGAUAUGUUGGAAUGAAUAAACAUGAAUGGUGCUUGAGGUCAACGCUGUUCACCACACAGCUGGGAUGAGGACUCAAAGUAUAUUCAUCACCAGCAUCUUGGAGGAUGUAAAAAAAUAUAUAUAUAUCAUUUUGUUCCCGCCCACAGAAAGCAAAUUUGUGUUCAGCCAUUGUCUUCUUUGUUCCUUGUCCGCUCUCUUUGGAGGAGGCCAGCAUGCGACUGCAACACAUUACAUCCAAUGUCUUUUAAAAACAAAUAAAGUAUUUAUAUUAAUUUCACAACAUGUGGAAUUUAAGGAGAACUGCAGAAUCUCUGGAUUCACCAAUAAAGAUACAAACAUAGAUUUUUGUUUUUCUUUUUUUUUUACCGGCAUCCUUUUUAUGUAUCUGCUGUUUGUUCAAUGUGGAGGAAAAAAACAUCCACUGGUUUCAAGAGAACAAUCAAAAAUGUGAUUAGUUUUUUUGUGUGUGUUAUUGCUGCUCGGCUGCCGGAAGCAGCAGUUGGUUCAGGAAACGUGGAAAACCUCACAUCACUUACCUACCCUCAUUUUAUCUGUACAAAACAUGAUUGAAUCACAUUUGACCUGCUUUUUCCUUGUGUGGCUGGUGUUGCUGCACCUCAUUUGGAAAACCGCUGCUCUCUCUUGGUGGCCUGUUGCUGUUAACGUACAGUACUAUAGUGUAACUGGCGUGACGGUCGGGUGUCUAAUAAAAGAUCUUAACUCUUAA